UGGUCGUGUUACACCAGUAUACGUUUCUAUGUACGGACAAUAACCUCAAUCACGUAUAAUAUAUAUAUUAGAUAAAACCAUCAGUUAUAGUCCAUGACUCGAGAUCAAAUGCACUAAAAGAAAAAUGGUGGAAGUCGAAGAAAUGGAAGCACUUAGUCCCGACGAGGAGGAAGAAGAGGAAGAAGAAGAAAUAAGCUAUGAUGACCUCAAAAGACGCAUGUGGAAAGACCGAAACCUAAUGGAAAAGCUCAAGCAACAGAAACGGCACAACAACGACGUCGUUUCCUUAACAACGCACCGAGCGGAAGCUUCACGGCGCAAGAAGAUGGCUCGUUCGCAGGACUCGGUGUUGAAGUACAUGAUGAAGAUCAUGGAGGUGUGUAAAGCGAAAGGGUUUGUCUACGGAAUUGUACCGGAAAAAGGCAAACCAAUAACCGGUUCGUCCGAUAGCUUAAGACGUUGGUGGAAAGAAAACAUUCAGUUCGAACAAAACGCUCCAGACGCUAUCACUGAUUACUUAACACUUGCUGCUGCGGCCGCAGAGAUUAUUGAUAAGUCCUCAUCAUCAUCGAGCUUAUUACACAUGUUACAAGAUCUACAAGACACGACUCUUGGAUCUUUACUAUCGGCGUUAAUGCAACACUGCAUGCCGCCACAGCGGCGGUUUCCGUUAGAGAAAGGAAUCGCUCCGCCGUGGUGGCCGACGGGGACGGAGCUUUGGUGGGGAGAGCAAGGAUUAGCUCAUGAGCACGGUGCGCCGCCCUAUCGAAAGCCGCACGAUUUGAGGAAAUCGUGGAAAGUUAGUGUUCUCGCGGCUGUGAUCAAACACAUGUCACCGAAUUUGGGAAGAGUACGACGUCUCGCGAGGCAAUCCAAAAGCUUACAAGAUAAAAUGAUGGCUAGAGAGACCGAUACUUGGUCUCGUGUCUUAAACCAAGAAGAGGCCCUUCUAAAUAUCAAAGACCUCAAGAUAUCGGAUGAUCAAUAUCAAGAAUCGUCGGGGUCUAAGAGAAAGGGUGAGUUUGUGGAACCGUCUAAGAGUGUUUACACUUGCCAAAACUCGAGUUGUCCUAAAAGUGAUGUAAGUUUUGGAUUCGGGGACAAGAACUCGAGGACGGGUCAUGAGAUACAGUGUCUAUACGGGCCGACCCAAGAGCCGAGCCAGGCUCCAAGUAUUGUUACUAAUACGACUAGUGAAGAUGAUUACAGUGAGAACUCGAGUGCAAUGGACAAGCGAUCUGAUGAUGAUCAUAGCAACGAUGUGAAUUGGAUGGAUUAUUUUUGGUUAGACAGGAUGCAGAACGAGUUACAUUGCUCUAGGAGAUUCGAAGAUGAUGAUGAUAAUGAUGGUACUGGAAUGGAAUUGAACCAAUUUACAGAAUCUGAUCAAUCGGACAACGUGAACCAGAGUACAUUUUCAGUUUGGGACAUGGUUUGUGAAGACAAAGACAUAUAUAGCUUCGAUUAUUAGUUAAGCUUGUUACUACUCUGUUAUGGAAUAUGCUUUACAUGUACCUAAAGUCAGAACAUUUCUGUCUGUACUUGUGUUCUCUAGUUGCAUGUAUGAUCUAUCUACCUAUACAAUUCAAUACAAUUUUAUAUCUCAUAUUA